ACAGGUUUGUGCAAAUAAUAUUUCUGCAGAACCAUUUUCGUUUUAAGCUUACCGUGAAGAAGAGAGAGAGAGAGAGGUUCUUGGCUUUGUUCGAAGCUCUCCAAUGGCAGAGCAAGUGAAGGAGCGUACGUUGGAGGAGACAUCAACUUGGGCUGUCGCCGUCGUUUGCUUCGUCUUACUUCUGAUUUCCAUUGUCAUUGAACAUCUGAUUCACAAGAUUGGAUCAUGGUUCAAAAAGAAGCACAAGAAAGCUUUGUAUGAGGCUCUUGAAAAAGUGAAAGCAGAGCUUAUGCUGAUGGGAUUCAUAUCACUUCUGCUAACAAUCACACAAGGAAUAAUCUCCGACAUUUGCAUAUCCCAGAGUGUGGCAUCGACGUGGCACCCUUGCAGCACCUCAGAAGCCGCAAAAAAGUACGGAAAACAAGAUGCCGAAAAGGAAGAGGAAGACGAAACAAGCAGCCGAAAACUUCUUCAGUUGGCUGAAUCUUACAUCCCUCGUCGGAGUUUGGCCACAAAAGGUUACGACAAAUGCGCCGAGAAGGGGAAAGUUGCUUUUGUAUCGGCAUAUGGCAUACAUCAGUUGCACAUAUUCAUCUUCGCCCUCGCUGUUUGUCACGUGCUCUAUUGCAUCAUAAUUUACGCGUUGGGGAAAACCAAGAUGAGGAGGUGGAAGAAAUGGGAGGACGAGACAAAGACAAUCGAGUACCAAUAUUCCAACGAUCCAGAUAGGUUCAGAUUCGCGAGGGACACGUCGUUCGGGCGAAGACAUCUGAGCUUCUGGAGCAAGUCAAGUAUAACAUUAUGGAUUGUGUGUUUUUUCAGACAGUUCUUUGGAUCUGUCACCAAGGUUGAUUAUCUCACGCUCAGACAUGGCUUUAUAGUGGCGCAUUUAGCACCUGGGAGUGAAACGAGAUUUGAUUUCCGUAAGUACAUUCAGAGAUCGUUGGAGGAAGACUUCAAAGAGGUUGUCGGAAUCAGUCCCGUUAUCUGGUUCAUCGCCGUGUUAUUCCUCUUGUCCAACACAAAUGGAUUGAACUCUUACCUGUGGUUACCGUUCAUUCCCCUAGUUGUGAUUCUAAUAGUGGGCACAAAGCUUCAAGUGAUAAUAACAAAGUUAGGGCUUAGAAUCCAAGAGAAGGGAGAUGUUGUGAAAGGCGCACCGGUGGUUCAGCCGAGGGAUGACCUCUUCUGGUUCGGCCGCCCUCGCUUCAUCCUCUUCCUCAUCCACUUGGUUCUCUUCACGAAUGCGUUUCAGCUCGCCUUCUUUGCUUGGAGCACGUAUGAAUUCAAUCUCAAGAACUGUUUCCACGAAAGCACGGAGGACGUGAUCAUCAGACUCGUGACAGGGGUCAUCGUGCAAAUCCUUUGCAGCUACGUAACUCUUCCGCUCUACGCUCUCGUCACUCAGAUGGGUUCAACGAUGAAACCGACGGUAUUCAACGAAAGGGUAGCGGCCGCGUUAAAGAACUGGCACCGCACGGCAAGGAAGCAAACCAAACAUAGCAGACAUUCGAACUCGACCACGCCUUUCUCGAGCUGGCCGACAACUCCUAUCGGCAACUUCCGCAACCGCAGAGUCGCGAGUUUCCCGGCUUCGCCUUCCCGGAGAAGCUCAGACUUCGAAGCCGAAACGUCCACCCAUCAUUACAGUGACUCAGACGAAAGGCCUGACGUGGAGCUGCCUCCCGAACCGGAAUCUGUUCAGACACGACACGAGAUCAGUAUAAACCUGACGGAUUUCUCAUUCAAGAGACCAUCCGGGUGAUUUCAAGAUUAGUUUAUUAUGGAUUCUUUGAUGAAGUGCUCGUGUGUAUUGCGUUUUCUGUCUAAAAAUGGAGUUUUCGUCAAUCAAACACUGCAAAUGUGUAAAGAAAUGCAGUGGGUGACUUGAAAAUAAGGCAAGCAAGUCUAUAUGGAACGAACUGCAGAUUUCAUCACAUUUUACGAAUAUUUUUC